ACAGUUCAAAUUGCCACCAUUUCUUUGACAACGAAGUUAAAGUGGGGGAAGCUCGUUUUGCUAAAGCUAGAGAGUCGAGUUUUGAUGUCCUCACUCUCAGACCUGCUUAUGUAUCAUGUGGUAUCAGACAAAACAUUCAGUGACAAAUGAUUCGUGUACGAAUGAACAGUAUUCGUUUAUAGAGCAAUUAAGAGUGGUAAAUUGUAACUCGGGCAUUGUGCGCGUAGUUGAAACAACGUAGCAAAAGCUCGCGAUUGCAGACAUUUAAUUGUGCAUUCAUUUUUAUUAUUCAUCUCAGCGAAGGACAACAAAUUAUCCAUUGUUCGACAUGGACCUCCAGAAUUUACAAGAAUUCAUGGAAUUAAUUGGACGACUGAAGCACAUGAAGAGGACAGGAUGGGUCAUUAGAAAUGUCUCAGAUCCAGAGACAAUCGCAGGGCACAUGUAUCGAAUGGCCAUGUUAUCAUUCCUAGUGGAUAAUAAUGAACAGUUGGAUAAAAUCAAAAUCAUGCAGAUGGCUUUAAUCCAUGACUUAGCAGAGUGCAUUGUAGGAGAUAUAACACCUCAUUGUGGCGUUGAUCCAGAUGAAAAACAUAGACGAGAAGAUGAAGCUAUGAAAACAAUUUGUAAUCUCUUGGGCGAUAAGGGACCGAUGAUAUUGGAAAUGUUUAGAGAAUAUGAAAAACAAGAAACACCUGAAGCAAAAUACGUGAAGGAUUUGGACAGACUAGAUUUAAUGAUGCAGGCAUAUGAGUAUGAGAAGAGGGAUAAUGUUCCCGGCAUUUUGGAGGAGUUUUUUGUUGCGACCAAUGGAAAAAUUAGACAUCCUUUCAUCAACAAAAUGGCAUCUGAAAUUAAGGAAAGAAGGGAAGCUCUAUAUCGCAAUUCAUCUAAUCCAAAAUGAAUUGUGUAACAAAUGAUAUAGU